AUGUCUACCGCGCACACCGUCCUCGAGACGUUCCUUGGCGCGCUCCAGGGCACUGUCUCCGUCCUCCUCACCUUCCUCGCCGGCUACAUCGUCGCCCGUCGCGGCACAGUCGACCAAGCAACCAUAAAGCACAUUUCCAAUCUCUGUACCUCUCUAUUUCUCCCAUCCCUCCUUGUCGUCCAGAUGGGCCCCGAGCUCACUGCGUCCAGCCUCGCUCGCUACUGGAUCAUUCCCCUCUGGGGUCUCGCCACAACCGUCCUCGCGCACCUCGUCGGCUGGGCAGGCCAGCGCCUCUUUGGCCUCAAGCACUGGACCAUCGUCGCCUGCGGCCGCCCCAAUUCCAACGCCCUCCCCCUCCUCCUCCUCCAGAGCCUCGAGGCCACCGGAGUACUUGAGCUUCUCUCCGCCGACGGAGAGAACGUUGCGGAAACCCUGCGCCGCGCGCAGUCCCUCCUGCUCCUCAACGCCGUUGUCCAGCAGGUUCUCACCUUCCAGUUCGCGCCGGCCGUGCUCCUGCUGGACGACGGGCACAGCAAGCCUCUCCCGGACGCGCUGCGCCCGGGGCCUGGUCGCCUCCUCCCGAUCGUGCAAGACGAAGAGCGCGUCGGACUACUGGGCGAUCAAGAAGACGACGAAAGAGAUGAGGACGCAGUAGGCGGCAAUGGAAUAGGCGAUGCGCUGAUUCCCAUCGCGGAAAUACCUGACAUGCACUGGCCUAAGCCCAUCGCUCCGCUCGCGAAGCCCGUCAAGCUCGUCUGGUCAUACAUGAGCGCACCGCUUAUUGGCGCCAUUAUAGCCUUUAUCCUCGGAAUGAUCCCCCCGCUGCACCGCGAAUUCCUAGUUAAAGGUGGUAUCUUCUACGCGUCGAUCACGCAGAGCGCCAAGAACCUCGGUGGCAUCUUUAUCGCGCUCCAAACUUUCUCCGUAGGCGCGGAGCUUGGGCUCGUACCGUCCUCGAAUCCUGGGUACUUUCAAACAAUCUGGGUCCUGCUCGUGCGCUUCAUCGUCAUGCCCGCCCUUGGCCUGCUCUUCGUGUGGGCAACUGCGGGCAGGGGCUUGUACGUGCACGAUCCGCUCGUCUGGUUCCUCCUCGUCCUCAUCCCUGCGGGCCCCUCUGCCAUGUUACUCAUGAAUGUCGCAGCCAUGGUGAAUAUCGACCAGGGUCCGAUUGCAGGGUAUCUGACUGUCGCGUACCUUCUUUCACCUCUAAUGGCCAUUGUAUGCUCUCUCGGGCUGACCAUCGUGCAGACAGCGGAGCAGCGGUAA